UGAAAGAACUGUACAAUAUAUUUUCGAGGAUCUACUAGGCAAGAAAUUUCCAUCAUGUAGGCCGAAUUUUUUGGAUGGAAUGCAACUCAAUGGGUAUAACGAAGAACUACAAUUAGCAUUCGAAUUCCAUGGUCGGCAACAUUAUAGUCUUAAUUUAAUGUUUCAUAGAAGAGGCCAGAUAGAUUUGGAUGAACAGAGAAUGCGUGAUCAGAAGAAGCGGAAUAUAUGCAAGGUGCAAG